GAGCUUCAAGACAGGUGAUGAGCGUCACGGAGGGUGUGGGAAGCGUCAUAGUGACUGGAGGGAUUACGUCAAAAGCUCCUUAGUAGAACAGGUGUGCGCGUUUGUCUCUGUUGAGUGGUUUGCAGUGGUGGAAUACCGGCUGAUGGGGUGUAGAAGCUGGGGAAAGGCGGCACGGCGAUGCGUUGCAAACCCUGGCAGAGCACAGGCGGACGCGCAGGAGUACUUGCCAGAGUACGGCACGCGUAUCAAUGAUGCUCGAGCGGUUAGGAACAGAGAAGAACUGGUCUUUGUGGCGUGCAUGCGUUGCGCCAACGUUUUGGGAGCUUCAAGACAGGUGAUGAGCGUCACGGAGGGUGUGGGAAGCGUAAGCGGUGAUGCAAUGCUUUAG